UGCUGUGGGCCGCGUCGGCCGUCCACGUGGCCGGUGUCCUGUCUUGGUUUGGACAAGCCGCAUUCGAUCGGGCCGGGUGCUGUUGGUGUUCAUCGCUGACUUUCGUCCCUGGCUCACCGCCGAGCCUGCUUCCCAGAGCCUGCCUCCCGGAGCUUCCCAGAGCUUCCCGGAGCUUCCCAGAGCUUCCCAGAGCUUGCCUCCCUGAGCUUCCUGCUCGACUGCGAUUUCUCUCGACACUCUCCAUCUUCGCGAUCGGCCGGUCCCAAUGGCCACCCCGCCACCACAUCAUUCUGCGGCUCCGGGCGCUCAAGAGGACGUCUUCCUCUUCGAACGGUCCCAGGUCGCAGCAUGGUCGUCGCAGCCCCCUGAAACCAAGAGAUAUCUCCCUCCGCAGACCGAUCCAAACUAUUCAGAUCUUCCUGGACGCAUCCUGGCAAACGUCGCCUCAGUAGUCGCCGGUGCACUCGAUGGAACUGUGCUUUCACCCUCGAUCCCACCGUCUCUACUCAAAUCUCUUCCAAAGACCCAGCACCCACACACAAUCCAACUCUCUCCCUGCAGGGCGUAUUUGGCGAUUCUCUUUGAAGACAGGCUCCAGAUACGCUUCUGUGAUUCCGAGUCACACAGCGCCGUCGGCAUGGUCCUCGAGCGCGACGACUUUCCGGGCUGGCGCAAGCUGUGCUGGUCGCCCGACUCCAAGUUCCUGGCCAUCGCCUCCAGCAUCGGCUCGAUUCGGGUCGUGCAUAUCGAAAGCGCUGGCUACUGCACCAUUGGUCCGCACGUCACCAAACCCCACUCGGUACCAUCGUCGGUCUGGAUCGAUUGGGAAAAAUAUGGAGUCGACCCACGCAAGGAGCGUCUCGGCAUCGUCGAUCCGUUCUGCUUUCUGGCAUUCACUGACCUCGGUCCGAUCCAGGCCGAUGGGCACUCCUACACCCACCGGCUUGUGUCCAUCAACUACAGCGGCAUGUUGGUCUCUUAUAUCCUGAACGAGGCCGAGUUUUCACGCACAUCUGCAGACCGCAAAUUUCCGCUGCAUCUCCCAAAAUGCACCCGGGAACAUCCCGACCUCCUGGUCUUUGACCAUGCUGCUUCCUUCCAGUCAACCCACUCGUAUAUCUCGGCUGUCCUGCUCGAUCCUCAAUCCAAGGCCCUGAUUCUCUCGGGCAAGCCAGCACCACAAAAAGCUAGCUCGUCUGCAUCGGCCUCGCCAGAGGACUUCAUUACCCGAUGGACCAUCCACGACUCCGCGCCCCACUAUCGUGCGGCCGAACCCUCGGCUCUGUCGCCCGCGGAAGAAUGCGCCAUCUCGGCCGAUGCCGAUGGAUUCUGGUACAGCGUCAGCAAGAUGUUUUCCAUUUGGAGCUCCUCCCCAGCCUCUACCGCCGGCUUGGUCCACCAUCUCGCGCUCUCCCCUGACUCUUCGCUACUUGCAUCGCUGGAUACGAAUGGCCUCCUCAAGAUCUGGCGGCUGCACCCGAUGGAGCUGCUCCACGUAUGGAGUAGCAAAGCUCUUUCCGAAGCCUACCUGCCAUCCUCGUCGUCAGCACUUUCCAAAUCGCUGCCUCCGACAGAAACUCCUGCUGUGGUCUCGACCGUGGAGUGGUGGUCUCCAACCAGCGUGGCGCUCACCUUUUCCAACGGCAGUCUUGUUCUGGCUGCCUUGCCAUCUCUCAGCAAUCUGCUCGGCGACAAGCCCGAACUAUUCAAUGACCCUCGUCCCGUCAUCGCUCCGAUCCCCAAUGAAAAGUUGUAUGCCCUCGAGUGCGAUCGGCAGGUUCUCCGAUACCAGUUUGUCCGCUAUGGCCCCUCCUGGCGAAUGGUUCGCGUCAAUGCCGAAGCCGAUGCGGCCCACCCACAAAGCACCGCCGCUGCCGCCCAGUUGACUCUAGCCGAAUGGAUUGCGGCUCUUGUGUCCGAAAGACUCGCCUUUAUCACCCAGGUCUUUGUUGGCGAUGUCGCUGGCCCGGCCGCACCUGAGACUCGGCCUCCAGUCUCGGUAGUCGAGAGCAGCUAUACUCUCUGGACGGUGGUCAAGAUGACGGUCCACGACGCCAUUUCGCGCAAGCUCGAGCUGCGCGAAUACAGCCAAGCCCUGGCGCUGGCCCAGCGAUUUGGCAUCAACCCCGACAGAAUCUACCAACACCAAUGGACACACGAGCCGCUCACUGAAGAGUCAGUCCCGGCGUGUCUUGGGCAGAUAAAGGACCGCUCGUGGGUUCUUGACGUCUGUCUGAGUCGCAUUCCCGACCACCCCCGACUGGCGCGGCAGCUACUUCUCUAUGCCCUUGACCAGACAGGCAUCGUCAAAGAGCACGAUGUCGAUACCGAAAUCGAGGAUGUCCUCUCCGGUGCCCCGACCGACUUUGAAUCCAGCGCCGCACACCUGCAGCGGACACGAUUUCUCCAACAAUAUGCGCUGCAAGAUGCCAUCCUGCCGUCCACCGAUAUCUUGAUUCUCUAUCGAAGGAAAGCGCUGCACUACCUUGCCAUGCUCGAGACCCACCAAGCGAUCUACGCCUCGGCUGACUACUCCCAGUUCCCCCACAAGUACAGCACAUUCCCCCUCCACCUUGCCCACUUUCGCGACUCUGGUCUCUUGAAGCUGGCUGAGGAGUUUGCUGUCUGUGGCAAUGUCACUGCCCUCGAGGUCAUGCUGACUCGCCAUGGGGCGGAGCUGCUUAACUAUCGCAUCUCGCUAUUGAAUUUGAUCCCAGAGAGCGUCGAUCCAGAGACGUACAGUCGUUUGCUGCCGCGUAUCGACGCUAGAACUGACACUGAGGAACUCUGGGUCACGAUCCCAUGGCGCGUCAAGGACUGGUCUGAAGCGUCGCAGAUUGUCGACGAGUUCUUGAUCAUGACCGACUCCGAUGAUCCCGCAACAGCACGGCCCAGGAUUGCGGCCACCGAGACCACCCUUCUUGCUCGCCGCGAGUAUCCGUUGGCGCAUAGCGAGCUCACCGAUUGGUACAUUCGUCGAGCCUACGAAAUCGAGGAAAGGUCUGGGCUCGUCAACUUUGCUCGGGCAUUCGUGCAUCUGGGUAUUGCAAGCCGCGUGGAUGGCCUCCAGGAUCUGUUCGAGGACUUGUGCACCCUCUAUUCGCUUGUUUAUGAGUUUUACGACCCAUCGUCGGAGCUCUGUGCGGACAUGUCGCUCCCAAAGCUACAAGCACUGUCGAGCUCACAAGUUUUCGAGCUCUUUGUCGCCCGCAUCACCCGAGAUACCCUUCUCGACGAUUUUCAGCGGAGCAUUCUCCCCUAUCUCUCCUCGGUAGCGCGGCGAUGGGACCGGAGCAUCCAGCCAGAUGGCAGGACAUCGUACCAAGAUAUGGAGCUGAUUCAGAACCCUCUCACGCUGCUGCGCGAGUACCUCCUGAAUCUAUCGCACACCCACCUGGACUGGUGCUGUUUGAUUUUCGAGCAGUCUGCUUCGGCCCUCGUGUCUGGCACUGGGGGCGAGCCCAUUAUCCGCAGCCUGGAGAGCAUCUACGACUUUGCCUUUGAAGUCCUCUACGACUGCCCCGACCCAGAUGCCGUCGAGCUCAAGGAGCGCUUUCUGGCCUGCCUGACUAGCCUUGCCGGCAUCGAGCAGCAAGCAGACUCGGGUGACUCAUGGGAGGACCAACUUCGAGUAGAGGAGCUCGACAUGGUGGAGCCGCUCUCGAAUCUCUAUCGCACUCGGAUCCAAGAGCUCGAGAAACACAUCAAGGCAUCCAAGGUUUUGUCAAAGUACCGGCUGGGCAAGCCUCUUGCCUGGUUUGUCUCUUCCUCUAAGAAGCAAGACGAGCAGCGCUUGGUUUUGGCAAAGCUGGCUCGGACUUUGAAGGGCCCAGGCGUCUCCCGCGAAGCUCAGUGGAACACGCUUUUGGCCGACGCUCUCGAUCUCCGCAACUGGGGGGCGCUUGCGGGGCUUCCUGUCGUCGAGCUCUACAAGGAAAUCACCGGCGUUGCUCUCGUUUCGCAGAACUUUGUUUUCGCGAGAUCGGUGCUGCUCCCGAGUGACCGUAUGCCGCCGAUUCCGCCCGAUGAGAUCGAGGAUCUUGUUCUCGAUGCAUCUCGGGAGUACUUCGACAACGCCGACAGUGCCAACAUGUACGAAGGAAGCCUGAAGCUGGCGUACGACUGUCUUCGAAUCUUGCCAGAGUCUCCGCGACUCAAGACCGAGCUUGAGUACAUAGAAGCCUGCCAUGCGUUGGCCACCGUCUACCGGGUCUCCUUUAACGAAGCCGAGAUUUUACCGAUCCAAAUCCGCAUCCAGGGCGAUCCUUUCGCUCUGAUUCACACCGCCUUGAGCAACGGCGUCGUUAGAAACGCAUACAAGUCGCCUGCCGCCCUCCUUGAAAUCGCCCGCAAACUCGGUCACGCCGACGCGACAUCGAGGGUCCGGGUGCGUGCGCUCUGUGCACUGGCGGCCCUCGAUGUCGAGGACUAUCAAGGUGCAUUCGAUCACCUCAAGUCCAUCAUCCACGGCGAUGCUGCGGUCAAAGGAUCGGCCAAAGUCGAGGUUGCGCAAGUCUGCAAGCGGCUGUCCGAGACAAGGCGCUUCGACGAUCUGAAUGUCAAGAUGACCGUGAUCGGAUAUGGUCUCACCGUGUGUCCUCCUGGAGAGAUCGCGGCGCUCCUCCAGAUUUGGCGCAGCCUUGAAGCCGAGCGUCUGUCGCAUUCGGCGCUCCUUCUGGAAGAUGACACUGACAGCCGAACCGGCGAAUCAUUGAUGCCGAGGUUGAGCCAGCUUCUGAAGAACGGCGAGUUUGAUCAAUCGCUUGCCAUGGCCGAGAUCCAGUCUGCUUUGGAUCAAUACGAUUUGACAGGCAACGAGCUCGGCAUCGAUCAAGCUUUCGUUCAAGUCCAUGACUUGUAUUCGUCAAGCGCCGUGGUAGCCAGCCCUGCUGAGACUUAUCGCUUCGUGCCGGACGAGAGCGCUGUCGACUCAGAUACCUUCGCGAAGCGACCCUUACGUCUCUUACAGAUCCUAGACCGACUCAGACAGUCGCGAUUUGGUGUCUGGUCAGAGUCAUCCGUCGCUGAUCGCGAUCUUGUCAAUAUCGCCGUCCAAUCCUACGAGAGUGACGCCAUGCUAGCACUGGCGUACCUGCUUCAUCUUUCGCAGGAUUCCAGCGCAAGCCCCUUCUUCGAUUCCUUGCAUCCCUCCCAAAUCCACGAACAACUUGCGUGCUACUACUUCUCUCUGCGAGCUCUCUACCACAUCGCCAACCAACAGAGUGCGCACUUGCUCCUGAAGCUUGUCUCCUAUCCACCCAGGGAGAUCAUGGCCCUCGUACGUGCUAUCCCUCUGGAUCUCCUCCAGGGACAGCCUGGAGCUGACCGGUUCGCAGAGGCUGUCCAGCUCUCGAGCAGAUACUCGGGGCUCUUGAAGAACAAGCGCCAACAGCAACUACUCGAGUCCAUCUUCCUCGACGGUACCAUUUCCAAGGACCGCUUCGAGUCCGAUGCAUUCUACCGCCUCGAGUCUCUGAAACAGCUUGUGCGGACGACAAACUUCUCGACGGUCGAGACAGUGAUUUCCGUUGCCGAGCAUUAUCAAAUCAAUCGCGAGGAAAUCGUUCUUGCCCACACUUUUUGGAUUCUGAGCGAGCCAAGCCUGGACGUCACCGUAGUUCAGCAUCAUCUAGCAGUCUACCAGGAGAUCAUCGACACAUACCCUGCGGCGACCCUCAAGAUCCUUCAAUCCGUUCAUCCGCUCCUUGUACACAGCGAACUGUCCACAUUGUCGACAUUUUACCAGCUCCAUCUGGAAUGCCAGGAGCGCGUUGGCUUGGAGGAUACUCUCCUUGGCGAACAGCUCCGGCUGCGUAUUGGGCUCUUGGAUAAAAUCCUGGGCCAGAGCUCGCUUCGCGGUCUGAGACUGAGGUCGUUCCUUGCUGCCAACAUUGAGGGGAAGCAAGCUUACACAGUGCUCUGGGCCGAUCUUCCACAGUCCCGAGAGGCAUUGGAGGGCUUCUUGGAUAUUCUGCCGAGCUGCCUUGCCUUGCGCUUUAUCGAGUCCUUCCAAGACGAGUCGGGCAUCUCCGACCCUAUUCGCCUGUCUGAGGGCGAUCUCUUCGGCGUGGCCAGUACGGUUUCCAUCACCUAUAUUGACAACCUCCUCAAGCUGAUGGAUUGGGACUACAGUGAUCUUGAUCGGCUUGUCGAAGUCAUGGACGAGACCCGCUCGCUGCUGCCGCGGCUCCUUGCCAUUGACGUCACACGUAUCGCAGCCAGUUUCUGCACCGGCGAGAAGGCUAUCGUUGUUCCAAUCCAGGUCCGCCAAGACUUUGCAAAGAGCUGUAUCUCAGCUUUACGGGCACGCGGCUCCGAGGGCGACUCUGAAGCACUUUUGGAGAUCGAGCAUAUUUCCACUCACUUGGACACAGUCAUUCAGCUCUACCAUAUUGUUGAUCCAACCCGUGACGAAAGUAUCCCCAUCGAGCGCAUUCAACAGUUUGACAUGCUCUUUGGGGCCGAGGUUCCCGAGGUCGUUGCGCUGUGCAUGAAGAUGGCGAUCGCAGGGACAUCUGCACGAAUUAUGACCGAGAUUGCUGGGCUGAUGGCGCAAACAUGCGUCAACGUUGCCGAUGCUGCCCAGCUCUCGGUCGAUCGCGUCUACCGUGAAUCGCUGCUUGCGGUCGUCGGCAACCCAUCCUUGCUUGCAUAUCGCAACAUCUUCCGGAAGGGCGUCGACUCGCCGCUUGCCGCUAUCGACCGCAUCGUUGCUGCCGUUUCAGAGUUUGAGGUGCAAGGUCUCGCCGACGAAUCGAACCUCUGGGGCGACUCUGAAGAAUCAGCGGCAUCAUUAUCGUCCCCGGGGCAGCAGAGCGCCAAGGUUCUGGAGGAUGCUGUGCGAGUUACUCUGAGCGAAGUUAUUCAGAACACAGGCAGCUUCAGCAGCGAGCUUCGCGUGGGAAUCUCCAAAAUCAUCGAGAAAGUAGGGCGAAGCGGUAGUCCUUGCGAUGCCGAUCUGCUUGCGACACGAUUUCUCUGCCGCUGCUGCUGAUCAUGAACGAGAUGACUGACACAUGAACUCUACUGUACAUGCACCCGCCAUCAUUACCACGGCCCAGCAUUUCAGAGUGGACCCAUCCAGCAAUGAGAUCUUGCAGACAACCAAGCUGGAGCAUACCCUCCAAAUGACAUGGUCCAGACAGCUCCCCGAUGGCUACCGCAGCACCGAGACCUGCCAAAGGGAUCUGUUUAAGAGCCUGUUGGCCGAGUCAAGUGACCUGCGUCACUUU